AUGUGUUUGAAGCAAGGAGAGGAUGUGAUAGCUACUUGGUGGAUUUGGAUGGAAGGCAUUGUACCCGCAGGAAGAGUACAAACCACAAGAACUGUAAGGUGUCGUAAGUGCUUUGAGUAUGGAUAUAACCAGAAGGGAUGCAAGAAUGCAACCAUGGAACCAGUUCCUAUGCCACCAAAGAAGAAAGGAAGGUCAAGGAAGGAACAAUGUGAACCCACUCAAGCAUCAGGUGAUAUGCCUGAGAGGCAGGAACCAAUUCUAAAGCCACCAAAGAAGAGAUGA